CUCUAGUUUCUGUUAACUAACAGUGCACAUGUUGCCUUCAACUAACAAGAAGCAGAGUCAAAACAAAUCUUUUUUGUAGAAUAUUUUAAAUUUUUUAAAAAUUAAACUACCAGCUACUCAAAAUGCCGAAGGUGAAAACAGAAAAGAAAACUCGCAUCCACACCGAGGUGCAAAAGCAAGGUAUCGUUUUCAACAAGGACUUCGGACAGCACAUAUUGAAGAAUCCUUUGGUGAUAACGAGCAUGUUGGAGAAGGCAGCCCUGCGUCCUACUGACGUGGUGCUGGAAAUUGGUCCAGGUACUGGUAACAUGACUGUUCGUAUGUUGGAGAAGGCAAAGAAGGUUAUUGCCUGCGAAAUCGACACCCGCCUAGCAGCCGAGCUGCAAAAACGUGUCCAGGCCACCCCACUGCAACCCAAGCUUCAGGUGCUAAUCGGAGACUUCUUGAAGGCAGAGCUGCCCUUUUUCGAUCUGUGCAUUGCCAACGUGCCCUACCAGAUCAGUUCGCCACUGAUCUUCAAACUGCUCCUACACCGGCCGCUCUUCCGCUGCGCCGUUCUUAUGUUCCAGCGCGAGUUUGCCCAACGUCUUGUGGCCAAGCCGGGUGACAAGUUGUACUGCCGCCUCAGCAUAAACACCCAGCUGUUGGCCCGCGUCGACAUGCUGAUGAAGGUGGGCAAAAACAAUUUCAAGCCGCCACCAAAGGUGGAGUCUAGCGUGGUGCGUCUGGAGCCCAAGAAUCCUCCUCCGCCUGUCAAUUUCACCGAGUGGGACGGUCUGACUAGAAUAGCCUUCCUCCGUAAAAACAAAACCCUAGCGGCUACCUUUAAGGUAUCCUCCGUGAUCGAGAUGCUCGAAAAGAACUACAAGUUGUAUCGCUCACUGAGAAAUGAGCCCGUUGAGGAUGACUUCAAUAUGCAAGAGAAAGUAAUUGGCAUCUUAGAAGAACUGAACAUGGCCACCAACCGUGCGAGAUCCAUGGACAUUGACGACUUUAUGCGACUCCUGUUGGCCUUCAAUUCAGCGGGAAUACACUUUAAUUAGUCCUAUUUAUAUAUUAGAUCGUUAAACUUUGUAUCAUAGAAACAACAUUAAUAUAAAUGUUAAGCCAACGUUUAUUUAUCAGUAA